UUUGACGAACUGUGCUUUGGUUUUGUGAGUACGCUGGACAUUUACGGACAUUUGUGUUUUGUGAAAAUUCGACGUUGGAGAGUCCGAAUACAUCGGCAUUCCGGAAGGACUUCGACUUACGUUUCGGCAAACCGUGAGUAGUUUUAAAAUUCUACUUUUAAGAUGGCGACGCUCGUAGAAAUUAUCGGCGAAACACUAAAGUCGGCCUCGACAAGUUCAAUAAGAUUGUUGCAUCAACUUGUAUUCGAAGAGGUUGGAGAUAGGAAUAACAGAAAAAGAUUGAGAACCUUUGGUGGGUUCAAUUUUCCAUCCAAAGAGGACGAAAAUCUAAAAAAGAAAGUGCAAUAUAUUAACGAGAACUUCCGAUUAAACGACUUAGUUGUUUUGUGCAACUUAUUAAAUGUUCAGUAUGAUGGUACUAAAGACGAAAUCGUCGAAAGGCUUGUUCUUUCUCUUUCUGAUUUAAAAUCAUUACAAUCAAAUCUGAUCUUGGCAGACGUUGAUACCGAAGACGAAGAUGCAUUAGAAGUUCAAACUGUUACCGAUGAUCCGCCUAGCAAUAAUUGUCUGCGUGUUUCGGAUAUGACUAAACUUUCCAUUAACUUUCAUGACGUGAAAAACGUAAUCAAACCUUUCGAUGGUAGUGAAUAUUGUUCUAUCGAUAAAUGGCUGGUUGCAUUCGAAGACUUUGCUAAAAUGAUGACUUGGUCUGAUUUACAUAAAUUUAUAUUUGCAAAACAAUCCUUAACAGGGUUAGCGAAAUUAUUUGUUGAAAGUCAAAGCGGUAUUAAUUCCUGGGAUAAAUUGAAAUCGGAAUUAAAAGCGGAAUUUGGCAGUAAAUAUAACUCAGCGCGAUUGCACGGUAUGUUGGCUAAACGCCAAAUGCUCCCCAAUGAAUCCGUGCAAGAAUAUUUCUUUAAAAUGCAAGAACUCGCUAGUCAUGGAAAAAUUGAGCCUGACGGGUUGAUCGAAUAU